CAGACUAGCAGUUGCUAGCAGUCGUGUGCAGCUGCAGUGUUCGUAGUUUGCGUCAGUGUGGCCCGUGCUGAUCAGUUGCGAUUACGUUUUAAAGAAACAUUAAAUACUGAGUUCGCAAUUAACUCGGAUAAAGAAUGUUUGUAUACAAUCUAGAAUACAUUGAAUAAUUGAUGCUAACCUGCCUACAUAUUAUGUUGACAUUUACACAUCGUACUUGACGUAUUUUUGCAAUUUAAAAGCAUAAUGGAUCAGGAAAGUAUGGACAAAUUUGUGGAAGUGACAGGAGAGAGUGAAGCAACAGCUCGCCAUUAUCUGUCGCUUGCCGAUGGAAAUGUAGAGAAUGCUAUAACAUUAAUGUUCGAGGGUGGUCCGACGCCUGAAUCAAGCGCUCAGCCUGUCCAUCCUGAACCUGAACCAGAAGUCAGACCCCCUAUUUUACCUGUGCAGGAAGUAUUAGUACCAUCCGGUCCAAUAUGUUCUCUUCCAAGAUUAUCGACUAACGUAUUUGAUAGAUUCAGGGAUUUUGCAGUAGAAACACAGAGACAAGAAGAAGAAAUGGCACGCAAAGUAGCCGGAGUAAAAAACAAGCAAAUGUCGUACUGUAAAUCAAAAAGAUUGGAAGAUUUGUUUCGCCCGCCUUGCAACAUCCUCUUCCUAGGUUCGUUCAUUGAAGCACGAGAACAUGCUAAGAAGUUAAAUCGCUGGUUACUUGUAAAUAUACAAAAUCCCCAAGAAUUUUCAUGCCAAAUUCUGAACAGAGAUGUAUGGUCGAAUCAACAGAUUCAAGAAAUUGUCAAGGAUCAUUUCGUUUUAUGGCAGGUCUUGUCUAACACAAGCGAUGGAAGUAGUUUCAUACAUCUGUACGAAGUUUACGAAUAUCCUCAUCUAGCAGUUAUAGAUCCUAGAACAGGAGAAUGUAUGCAGACGUAUAAUCACAUUACUGUAGACAGCCUGAUGUCUGUUUUGAAUGAUAUGUUGAGUUCUCAUCCGUCGCCAGAAUGCGUAACAAGUAACUCCAGUGAUGCUAAAAAAUGGAAGAGUUCUACUGCCACCAUAAUAAAAGAAAGCUCUUCGUCCGACUUAUCUGAUUGCAGUGGUAGUGCCGUGAAAGCAUUUAAACACACGAUCGAUAGUUCGAUGGUAAAAGAUCUAGAUAGUAAUAAUGAUGCUACAACCGUUCAACGCUCAACUACAAGUAUGCCAGUCAACGCAUUUCAAAAUAUAAUUAAAAAGAGGAGAAUGAAUGAGUUCGAUGAAAUGAAGGAACGGAAUGAACGAAAGGAGCAACAAACGUGUCAAUCGAAAUUUGAUUCGCAUAAGGAUAAAACUGAUACUGCGUCCGGCGUAAGAGUUUGUUUAAGACUGCCAAAUGGUACAAAGGAAACAAUGCUAAUGUCUGCCAUGGACACUAUACAAGAUUUGAUAGAUAAAUUGGAAAAUAUGGGUUAUUUAUCAUCGGACCAUACUUAUUUAGUACCGUUUCCGAAAACAAACAUCGGUGAACUUCCUCCACAAACGCAUUUAUCGGACACGAUACUGUUUCCAGCUAACACAGUAUUCAUAACAAAGAUAUACUGAUUCGUUUGUCGCUGCCAACAUCUUCUAUAUGCUCAUGAUAAUUAUUGCACUUAUCGCUUUACAGACAUUAAAGAAAACCCUUGUUUAAGUAUAAAUUAGUGAUAUACGGUUUUAUUAUAGAUUGUACGAAACUUUUUACAAAAAAAAAGUGAUUCUCACCCGAUCGUCCGGAAACAUUUUUCUGUGAUUCAGGCAACUUCCAACGUGAACGUUCAAUAUUCACUGCCAACACUGUUACAAUUUGUUGUAAGAAGCAGUUGUCUAAUGAAGGGACUGAAUAAAAGUUGUCUGUCUACGUAAAGUUAUACCACUCCUAUGUUCUGUACAAUGAAAUAAAAAACAAUCAUGAAGAAUUAAA